AUGAGGAAGCCUGUUCCCGUUGCAGGUUCGCCGUCCACGACGCCGCUCUCGGCGGCUCCAACGUCAGCCCCGGCACCGGUCACGUCCCCGGCGGCAGAGCCCGAGGAGGACAGGGACUUGGUGCUGCCCAAGCUCCGCCUCCAGGUCCACGACCUCAGCCUCCCCGGCGCCUCGGCCGUCCUUCAGACAGUCUACAUAGACGACGUCAUGGCCUGCGCGGCCCGCAACGUCCUGAAGUGGCUGUACCCGUCCCCCUCGACCGCGACCGCCCCGGGGACCCGGUCCGUGACGCUCAUCGUGCGCGACAUGGACGGCGUGGCGUACACGACGGGGUCGGAGCUGGACGACGAUCACAAGGAGAUCCACCUGUCGGCGCGGUACAUCGCCGGCGUAAAGCCCCACUCGCGGCAGGGCGAGGAGAUCGCCGGCGUGGCCACGCACGAGAUGGUGCACUGCCUGCAGCACAACGGCCGGGGCACCGCCCCGGGCGGGUUGAUAGAGGGCGUAGCAGACUGGGUGCGGCUGCGGUGCGGGCUGGGCCCGCCUCACUGGAAGAGGGAUCCGUCGGCUGCGGGCCGCUGGGACGCAGGCUACCAGCAUACGGCCUACUUUCUCGACUACCUCGAGGACCGGUUCGAGGCGGGCACCGUGGCCAGGAUCAACGAGAAGUUACGUCUGUACCGAUACGACGAGGACAGAUUCUGGAUGGAGCUGGUGGGAAGACCUGUCAAGCUGCUGUGGGGGGAAUAUGUUGACGAUCUUCGGGGGGAUGCUGGUAGUAGUGACUAG